CUUACUCUCUAGGCUGUCUAUAAGAGGCCAAUUGCUAGCCCUGAUUAUGCUCAAAAUUAAGAAAGACAGUUGAUAGUUGAGAUGAGUGGAGUUAGCUGCCCAGGCAGUGUCAGCUCGGCCAUGCCUAAAGACUUGAGGCCUAAUGGGUAUAACCAGCAUCAAGCAAGCAAAAGAGGCACCUACUCUUGCUUCCAGAUGCCACUGCAUUACCCAAGGUACAAGAAGUCUGACUACGAGACCAUGCCUGAGUGGAGAUUGGACUGCUUGUUGAAAGAGUACGGGCUGCCUGCUAUUGGAGAUGCUAACCAGAAGAGGAAUUUUGCCAUGGGAGCCUUCCUUUGGCCUUCAGAGAAUGAGUGAAAGUCCUCAAUUUGAUGGUGAUCAUCAAAUUUCUGCACAUACUAUCAUGUUGUACGUAACUCAAUCUAUGUAAUGUAUUGUAGUAAGAAAAUCAUGUAUUAAAUAAUUAUUAGCAUGUUUAUGAAACCCAUAUCCUAGUUUUAAUUAACUGUGUAUUUUUUCCUAUUAAAUAUAUUGAAGAUUGCCGGUAAGUUGAUAUAUA